UUUUUUGGGGGUUUUUGGGGGGUCCCGGCACGCAGCGAGCCCCGCUCGGGUCGGGAUGGCGGCGCUGCCUCCGCGAGAGUUCGCGGCGCAGGUGCUGCCCGGCUGCGUGGUGCCCACGGCGCGCCAGGGCCUGGCCCAGCUCUGGCCGCUGCUGCUGCUCUGCCUCGGGGCGCGGCUGCUGCACCGGCUGCCGCUGCCGCGGGGCGGGAAGCACGCGGGGGCGGCGGCCGGGGGGCUCCUGGCCCUGCACCAUUUCUUCGGGGCUCAGGCGCUCUGGGUGGCCCUGCUGAGCGGGCUCUGCGUGCUCACCCUGCUGCUGAGCCGGGCCCGCGCCCACCGCGGCCUCUGCCUGGCCCUGGCCGCCCUCAGCUACCUGCUCAUGGGGGAGCUGCACAUGGUGGACACGGUCACGUGGCACAAGAUGCGAGGGGCGCAGAUGGUGGUGGCCAUGAAGGCCGUGUGCGGCGGUGACCUGGACCGCCGUGGUGGCCUCUCUUGACGAAAAUGGGACGUGGGUGAACGUUUGCAGGUGCUGGGCUACCUGUGCUCACCUGGCUCCGCGGUGUUCGGGCCCUGGGAGCCCUUCGGCACCUACCUGAGAGCCGUGGAGGGACCGCCCCUGAGCGCGGCCUGGGCGCGGAAGGGGCUGCGCAGCCUGGGGCUGGCCCUGCUCUGCCUCCUGGUCAGCACCUGCCUGGCCCCGUUUCUGUUCUCCAGCCUGCUGCCCCUCUAUGGGGCACGGGCCCUGCGCAGGAGCGUCUUGGCCAGGUGGCUCGGCCCCGGGGCGCGCUCGUUCCACUUCAGCAAUUACUUCGUGGCCUUCCUGUCCGAGGCCACGGCCACGGUGAUCGGGCGGUGCGUAGAAGCACCUGCACUGGUGAGGGACAGGGACAGCACUGUGACACUGUGUGUGGACCUGGCGGUGUCGCGGCCGCUGCGGGUGGAGCUGCCGCGCUCCAUGGCCGAGGUGGUGACGAACUGGAACCUGCCCAUGUCCCGCUGGCUGCACACCUGUGAGCGCCGGGGCACUGGGAUCAAACUGGGGCUGCCUUGGGGACACUGGGAGGGGCACUGGGUGGCACCGGGGGGCCCUGGGGCCUGUGUUGGUGUACCUGGUGUCACUGGUGUUACUGGUGUCACCGGUGUGCCAUACUGGUGUAACUGGUGUCCCAUACUGGUGUCACUGGUGUUACUGGUGUCACUGGUGUCACUGGUGUCCCACAUUGGUGUCACUGGUGUCACUGCACCCCCAAAAUACCCCAAAAGCACCCCCAGAAUACCCCAAAACCACCCCAGCGCCCUGCUGCACGGCCUCAGUUUCCACCUGGCCGCGGUGCUGCUCUCCCUGGGCCUCAUCACCUACGCCGAGCACGCCCUGAGGCAGCGCCUGGCCGCCAUCUUUGACGCCUGCGUGCUGUCCAAGCGCUGCCCCCCGCGCUGCAGCCACCGCCACAAGGACACACUGUGGGUGCGGGCUCUGAACGGGGCCCUGGGUGCCCUGGCCCUGUUCCACCUGUCCUACCUGGGCGCCCUGUUCGAUGUGGAGGCCGAGGACGCCGUGGAGGAGCAGGGCUACGGCAUGGCCUACACCGUGCGCAAGUGGUCCGAGCUGAACUGGGCCAGCCACUGGGUGACGCUGGGCUGCUGGGUGCUGGCGCGGCUGCUGCGCUGAGCCCUGCGAGGCCACUGGGAGCCACCGGGGCAACUGGGAGCGCCUGGGAGGACCGGGCACCACAGAGAGCGCGGCCGCUCCGCCCCUCCGGAAGCGCCUCUCGAUGGUCCCAACUUCCGCUCCGGGGGGUUUCCCGCCCUUUCUCGGGCGGAAGUGGCGCCGCGCGGCCGCUCUGGGACCAAUAAAGCCUCGC